AGUGUGGAAUGUAGAUAGUCGAAAGGUAGAGAAACAGUAACAUGUCCAGAAGCAGAUGUCACCAAAGCUGACAAGGCACCACCGCUGUAGAGUGAUAUUGCAGAAAUCCUUGACAACCUCAGAGACAGGCUGACUGAUGGAAUAGAAACAGACAUAAUUGAAGAAAGUUGAUAGUAGAAAGGAAAACCGAAAAAAUGACGAGAAGAUUCACCAACAGUAAACUGAAGAAGAUUGAUAGUAGAAAGAAGAAAGAGUACACGAUGAGAAGAAACACCAACAAUUGACACCAACGUUGACAAGGCACCGCCGCUUAUUAGGGAUAUUGCAGAAAUCAUUGACAACCUCAGAGACAAGCUGACUGGUAAAGAAUAAAACGACAUAACUGAAGAAAGUUGACAGUGGAGAAGAACAAACAAAACAACAUGACAAGCAGAAUCACCAGCAGGUGCUACCAACAUUGACAAAGCACCGCCGCUUGAAAGGGAUAUUGCAGAAUUCUUUGACGUGAGAAACGGGCUAACUGGUAAAUCAGAAAUGACAACUGACGAAACCGAAUGAAAACAAAGAAGAAAAAACGUAGAAAUAAGUGAAUUAGAAGCCACAACCAAAAGGAGAAAACACCCAAAACACAACAAUUGUUCAUUCCAAGAAAGGGUGCCCUGACCACGAAAAGGAUUGACGCAAACUGCCACUGCGGCCGAUGGCGUCCUCGAGAUUUGACUUGUGCUCCUCUUCUCUCCUCGCAGCUGCAAACUGGACAGUAGAACACGCGAGACUGGACAGAACAAGAAGACAAGUUGUUGAAAGAAGCUGUUACUUUGUAUGGGGAGAGUAGCUGGCAGAUGAUUGCUGAUCAUGUAGGAGACAGAACGGGACAACAAUGUCUCUUUCGUUGGACAAAAAGCGUCGAUCCACGAUUGAAGAAAGGAAAAUGGUCAGCAGAGGAAGACAAGUCUCUCAGUGAUGCUGUCACUCGGUAUGGUGUUGGACAUUGGGCAAAAAUUAGCAGUGCUGUACCUGGAAGGACAGACUGUCAGUGUCGUGAGCGCUAUAUGAAUAUUCUGCAUCCAGAUGUGAAACAUGGCAACUGGACUGCUGAGGAAGAUAAACACUUGAUGGAAAUUGUUUCUGAAUUCGGUCCAGGAAAAUGGUCUGAAGUGGCUAAGCAUCUGGGAUCUAGAACAGAUAGUUCAUGUUGGAGACGAUGGGCUAGAUUGUCUAGUGCUACACAAGUGGAGAGUUACUUGGUGUCAUCACUCCAGAAACGACAAGCAAUGAUGCGCCCAAUCAAGGAUGCUAUCCGUGAUGAGUAUGAUGAGGAGUUGCUCUCGGACAAGUUUUAUAAACCAAAGAGAAAAGUCUCUCGAGCUUCCCACAGAUCAUGUGCACCUGUAACACGAAAACGGCAUCGGCACUACAAACGUUAUGACAGCAGUGAAUGGGAGACAAGUGAUGAUACGCCUGAAGAAGGGGAUGACGAUGAUUGUGAUGAUGACUAUGACGACGUCACAGGUGCGGAGAAAGAUUAUGACUCUGAUUCAGAAUAUAGACCAAUUCAAACUAUCAGUGGUAGUUCAGAGAAAGGAAUUGGCAGUUUUGGUUUUAGAGGACUUAUGAACAAUGAGAAUGCAAGAGAGUCUAAUGUUAGUAGUCAAGUUGAUGAGCAAACUGCAUUGGGUCAGGAUGAUGGUGAAGGUUUGGAUUUGGAUAAUGAUGAUGAUGACAACGAUGAUGACAACGAUGACGAUGACGAUGGUGAUGACGAUGAUGAUGAUGACGACGACGACGAUGAUGAUGGUGGUGAUGGUGGUGAUGGUGACGGUGAUGAUGACACAAAGAAAGACUUAAAUAAUGCAGUGAUUUUUCACGUUCAACCACAACUUGCACACCAGGCACCAUCUCUAGUACCUUUGUCUGUAAUGCUUCAGGUAUUUGCUAUCAACACAAAAGGCAUUCUACAUCUUCAUCAACAUAAACAAAAUUUGUCAUUGGAAAAUCAGGCGCUAACUUCCUCGGUUGUAUCUCAAAUUGCCUGCUUGCCUCCUAACGUGGCAACUUUGAGAGCUCUGAGGUCACUGCUUCUCUGUAGACGUCAUCUCAUUGGUUCAGCUAGAAGACUGCAGAUGGCAGAUCAAGCUGUAGCGUGUGAAGGAUCUUCUUGUGGUGAUAAGCAGUUUGCUGAACAACAGGCGUUGUCAAAAGCUAUUCGAGAAUCAGUUGCAUAUCGCCAGUUGAGUGCUCGAUUUAGGUCGUUGUUUACUUGGCCAGCUCUUCUAUCAGAACUUCCUGUGAGAUUGAAACAUAUGGGAUCAGUAGAAGCAAUGCAUGCAGGUUCUGUGCAAAGAGAUUCCUUUUCCAGUGGACAGUAGAUGGAGCUUCUGUGAACGUUGUGUAUGAAAGAUUAGCUUAUUCAGGUACCGUAUUUGUUGUAAUACAUAGUUGAACUUGGAACAGCCUCUCAGUCGUGUAUCAGCAACGCGGUAUAGCGUUGGUAUGUAGGGUUGAGUUUGUGUUCAGUCCGUAAGAGCGAGUAUGGGUAUCAAGCGUUUAUGCUACA